AUGACUGUCUUCAAGUCCAUUAUAGCAUUAGCAGCUCUCGGUUUGACCAGUGCAGCACCACAAGCCUCGAUCACGACAUCAGCUCUGAGCUCUCCAACCCCAUCAGCGCCGGGCCAGGCAGCCUCCCUCACGACAGAAGAGACCGAGAAGCUUUUCAGCCUACAUGAAGAACUCGUCAAUAUUCCCUCCAUAUCUGGGGACGAGGCCGAGUGUGCAAAGUUCAUCUCGGAGUAUCUGACUGAGCUGGGUUACUAUGUGGAAGAAGUUCCUGUCGGUAAUGCAGGCACCUAUAAUGUCUUUGCCUAUCCACAAGAGCUCAAGGACGAGGGUGUAUGGCCGGAAGUUCUCAUCACAAGUCAUAUUGAUACCGUACCACCAUUCUAUCCAUUCGAACGUAUUGAGAAGAAUGGCACGACCUACCACUUUGGCCGAGGUACAGUUGACGCCAAAGGACCGGUAGCAACAAUGAUUAUUGCGUCGCACAAGUUCCUGCAGUCCCGCAACGAUACAGCCAGCCUGGGCAUGCUAUUCGUUGUUAACGAAGAAAACAGUGGUGCAGGAAUGAAGGCUUUUGCCAAGUAUGCAUCCAACACGACGUUCCGCGCUGGCAUAUUUGGCGAGCCAACCGAAGGCAAGCUCGCAAGCGGCCAUAAAGGCAGCUUUGGAGUGACUUUGAAAGCCGUGGGGAAAUCUGCACACUCGGCCUAUCCAUGGCUCGGAGUCAGCGCGAUCAACUACGUUGUCGACGCCAUUCAGGCUUUGAACGCGCUAGAGCCUGCCCUUCCCCGUGGUGAGCUGCUGGGCGCCACGACACUCAACACGGGUCUCAUAUCAGGCGGUCUCGCAGGCAACGUCGUGCCUCCUAACGCAAACGCAACUGUUGUUGUCCGGGUCGCUCGCAGCGAAGAGGAUGCUGCCGAAGUUGUCAAAGACAUGGUGUCGGGCAUGCUCGCUCCGAUUGUUAGCCGUGCAAAAGAAGCAAACGCCACAUUUGAAAUCACCUACUCGGAAUACGCAAACAUAGCGCAGAUUCUGGACACGGAUAUCGAGGGCUUGGAAGUCGCACCUGUUUUCUACGGAACUGACAUUCCCAAUCUACCCCAAGUGGAGAAGAGGUAUUUGUUUGGCACGGGGUCCAUUGAGGUGGCUCACACGCCGGAUGAGAUGCUGAGCCAGGAGCAGCUGGUGCAGGCGGCGGAGGCGUAUGGGAUGAUUUUACAGAAGCUAUUUGCGGAGUAA